CUUAUUAUCAAGAAAAUGUCAAACGAAGGGCACCUUGCUAUGCACUGACGCAAACCCAGUCUUUCCCAAGGAAGUAUAGAAAGCUUUGCUCUGGACUGGGCAAAAUCCAGUCUUGUCAAUUGCCUGUAGUGCUGGUUUUACCUCUACCGAGUCCACCUGGAGCUGUUUAAGACAUGGAUUACGCCAGUCAAAGGGAUAUGAGCAAGCAGGUUGUGAACAGUCCUGAAACCGGUACUCCUGGACCCACUGAAGGUGCGGGAGUUGUAAGAAUCAGUCCCGAAAAUGAGCCGCAGAAUGCCCCAUCUCAAGCCCCUGCCAGGCUUCCCCGGUCGGUUUCUAACGACAACAAACCACUUCCCUCCGAAGAAACUAAACCAAAUGAUUUUGAGAGGACCAAAGUCGGGAUCUGCAAGCUCAGCAGCACCCCGGUGCAAGCCAACUCCGCUCUCCGGAGAGAAUCCGUGGAAACCUUUCUGUGCAAGCACGGUCCCGGGGCAGGGGCCGCCGGGCAAGCUCCUAUCCCCCACUGCAAAAUUCCCGCUUUGCAAAGCACUGACGGGGACACUAAUCUAAACCUUGGUAAGAGCACACUGGAGCAAAACAACGCCAAGGGCGCCUGGGUGACCUUGAGCCAGAGUACCGUGGUACUGGGCACAGAUGGCAACACUUCUGUUCUUCCCGGCAGAGUGGAGGGGGAAGAUGAUGCAGGGGAUGAAAAUAAAGCCCGAGGGAACUGGUCUAGCAAACUGGAUUUCAUCCUCUCCAUGGUGGGUUAUGCAGUGGGGCUGGGCAAUGUCUGGAGGUUCCCGUACCUGGCCUUUAAGAAUGGGGGAGGUGCGUUUCUCAUCCCCUAUUUGAUGAUGUUGGCUCUAGCUGGGAUCCCCAUUUUCUUCCUGGAAGUCUCCCUGGGGCAGUUUGCUAGUCAGGGGCCCGUGUCGGUCUGGAAAGCCAUCCCCGCCUUGCAAGGCUGUGGCAUCGCGAUGCUGAUCAUCUCCGUUCUAAUAGCCAUAUAUUACAAUAUUAUUCUGUGCUACACACUUUUCUACCUUUUUGCGUCCUUUGUACCCGUGCUACCUUGGGCUUCUUGUAACAACCCGUGGAACACGCCGGACUGUAAAGAUAAAAACAAACUUCUGUUAGAUUCCUGCAUUAUUGGUGACCACCCAAAAAUACAAAUCAAGAACUCUACUUUCUGUAUGAGUGCCUAUCCAAACUUGACUAUGGUUAACUUCACCAGUGAAGGAAACAAAACGUUUGUCAGUGGAAGUGAAGAAUACUUCAAGUACUUUGUAUUGAAGAUUUCAGCAGGGAUUGAAUAUCCUGGUGAGAUUAGAUGGCCCUUGGCACUGUCUCUUUUCCUAGCUUGGGUGAUUGUAUAUGCCUCCCUUGCUAAAGGAAUCAAGUCAUCAGGAAAAGUGGUGUACUUUACAGCUACAUUCCCUUAUGUAGUUCUCAUCAUCCUUCUUAUAAGAGGAGUAACUUUACCUGGAGCUGGAGCUGGAAUCUGGUACUUCAUCACACCCAAGUGGGAGAAGCUAAUUGAUGCUAUGGUUUGGAAGGAUGCUGCCACGCAGAUUUUCUUCUCCUUAUCUGCAGCAUGGGGAGGUCUCAUUACUCUCUCUUCUUACAACAAAUUCCAUAAUAAUUGCUACAGGGACACAUUGAUAGUCACAUGCACCAACAGUGCCACCAGUAUAUUUGCAGGCUUUGUCAUCUUCUCAGUUAUUGGCUUCAUGGCAAAUGAGCUCAAAGUGAAUAUUGAAGCUGUGGCAGACCAAGGUCCUGGAAUUGCUUUUGUGGUUUAUCCAGAAGCCUUAACCAGGCUUCCCCUCUCUCCCUUCUGGGCUAUAAUCUUCUUUUUGAUGCUUCUGACACUUGGAUUGGACACUAUGUUUGCCACUAUCGAGACUAUCGUGACCUCCGUUUCCGACGAGUUCCCCAAAUACUUACGUACGCACAAGGCGCUGUUCACUCUCGGGUGCUGUGUCUCCUUUUUCAUCAUGGGAUUUCCUAUGAUCACUCAGGGUGGAAUGUAUAUGUUACAGCUUGUGGAUACUUAUGCAGCCUCUUACUCUCUUGUCAUCAUUGCCAUCUUUGAGCUCGUUGGAGUUUCCUAUAUAUAUGGAUUGCAAAGAUUCUGUGAAGAUAUAGAAAUGAUGAUUGGAUUCCAGCCAAGUAAAUUCUGGAGAGUCUGUUGGGCAUUUGUGACCCCAACUAUUUUAACAUUUAUUCUUUGCUUCAGUUUUUACCAAUGGGAACCAAUGACUUAUGGAGCUUACCACUAUCCAGGCUGGUCCAUGGUGCUUGGAUGGCUGAUGCUGGCCUGCUCAGUUAUCUGGAUCCCAGUUAUGUUUGUGAUAAAAAUGCAUCUAGCCCCAGGGAAAUUUAUUGAGUAUCUCCUCAAGAAGCCAUCAUAUAAUUUGUGCCUAACUUUGUAUUCUUACAGUGGUAAGUGUAGUCUAGUUACCACCUGACAACAGUUAUUCGAAGUUAGAUGUGCUGUUCAACUUUGUGACUCCCCAUUUACUCUCCUAUAAACAUCUUUAUAUAACCUUUAGAUGAUGUAUUCUUCUCUUUCAACCAGUGGGGAAAUAGCAGAACCCCACUUGUCUAUAUAUUAUAUAUAUAACACUUAAAUUCUUCAAAGCAAUGUUAUCUCAGAAAUGUACAUGUUUUUUCUGGUUCGGUUUGUGGAUUUUUUUUGGUGUUUGGUUGGUUUUUUUAAUUAUUAUUUAAAACAUUUUCAAUAAACAAAAGAACAAAAACCCACAACCACUGCAGUCAUCCACACAGAUGCAGCCUUAGAUAGAAAAUAUUUGAGUGUUGGGGGAGAGGACAAUUUAUUUGAAGGCCAUUAUAACCUUUUAUAGCUAUAAGACAUCCUGAAUCAUUACAUGUUAGAAAUCAGAUAUAAGGGGUGAUAUCAAUCCUAAAAUUAGUUUUCUUACCUACUGGGCAGAGUAAAAAUAGAGCUUUUUAAGAGUACAUUUAUUUACCUGAAUAGAAAAUUAGCCCAAUUUAUUGUAAAUGUACUAGAAUGAGGGAGAAAAAUAUAUCUUCAAUAAUUGGCAAAACUGUAACCUUUACUAUCUUGUAAUAUCCUAUACAUAAAUAUAUGAUAUUUUUUAACAGUGAUCAGUGUUCAUGUAGUGUGUGUACUAGUGAUGUUUUAUGUCCCUAUAAAUAUCUUACCAGUGUAGAGAUAGUGAGCUUAGAGUAGUUUAGGUGGUUUUUUUCCUUCCCUGCACACACAACUGUAGUAGCCAGUAAAUGUUCUUUCCUUUCAGGGGACUGUUUCUAUCCCAUUCUUUUGUCUGUGUCUCGUCAUAUUACAGGGUCUCAGGUAACUCUUCAGUUCGUGUGUGUCUGUAGAUGAGUAGAUGUGUUGUCUCAUCCUGUUGAAGAAAACAAAACAAAAAACUAAACCUUAAUGUAACACUUCCACAAACUGUUAACUUAUUUUCUCUGUGUGUGUGUAUAUAUAUAUGUAUAUUCAAUAUAUUAAUCAUUUUGCUGAACAUCCUCUUUCAUGGGACAAUUAGUGUUGCCAGUUCAAGGCACUGCUGGAGACCUUUAAUCCUCAUGCAGGACAUGCAAAGUGUCCUCAGGGGUUGUCAAUGAGCAAAGUGAGGGCAGAUUUUGCAACGUUUUGUGCUGGCCCCUCAAUCCCCAGAAUCCCACUCCAUGGGCUCUGUUGGUCCCUGUCUCGCCUGGCAGCAAGACAGGACCCUUCUGUGAGCUUCUCUGCCUUAAAGCUGUGUCCCCUUCUUUCAUCUUUGCCUCCUGCUUUAAUAAGGGGCCUGUUAUUCUUACUUCUGGCUCUUGUUUUCCUGGCAGAGGUUUGAGAAGCCACAUUCUGUUUGAUGUGAUGAAGGGUCAUAAAGAUGAGCUGGAACUUUGGCCCCCAGGUCUACAUGGGGCUGAGGGGCCUUCUCUGGAUGAAGAGAAGAACCUAACUCAGCAUCUCUAGUGGGAAUUAGAUAUUUUUGUCAAGAUAAAUAGCUGUAGGCCUCUCUUUACCAGUAUUACCUAGGAUCUUAGUUUGAUUUUUGAAGUCCAGGCCAGUUUCUCCUCACUGCUACUGUGAUAAAAAGAAAUAUGCAUCCAUAGGUUUGUUCCUUUUUUUUAAAAACAGAAAACACACUCAAAUAGCUUAACAGUUCUGAAUCCUUUCACUUAGUAACUUAUCUCAGGUCAAGCAUUGGAACUGGGAUUAACUAAUUGCAAUAAAAUUACCUCAGUGUAAGGAUGUCAGUUACUGUUUACCUUAGGUAUAAAAGAGAUGUUAUUUGAAGUAGUACUGCUAGGUUGUGGUAUCUUUUCCUUCACUAAACCAGAAUGCCUAUGAAAAAAUUAAUUGCUUUCCAUGAUUUAUGUAAUUAAUCUCCUUGUUUUUAAUUGAGAUGUUGUUCCUGUGCCUGCUAAAUCAUUAGCACAGAAUUGGGCUUGACUUUGAAGCUCUGCAAACAGAUGAUGGUGAUUUUAUUCUAGCUGAUACUUGUAUUCAGCUUUAACCUCAGUUACUAGGUUUGCAAAAACAUUUGGGGAAGGGGAGAAAUGCAUAUAAAACUCACAGAAGAUAUUAAUUUUUCACUGUAUGUUGAAAACAGAUUCUUUUUCACACUGGCCUUCUAAAAAAAGUAUUUUACUGGCCAUAUCUGAAUGUUGAGAUUAAAUAAACCAGCAGUGUCUUCUUUAAAUGAGAAGUAAUCUUGAAGUUUGGGAAUGCACUUCAUUUACCAUCUUCUAGGAAAAGUUUGCAUGUACUUUGAUAAUUUUCUAAAAAUAAAUUUAAUAGCUAAUUAAAUACCAGUAAAGAUCUUUAAAAGAAAAAAAAAAAAGGAGGGGAAAAAGCCAUAUUAGUAAAAAUGUGAUGUAUGUACUUGCAGGUUUAUCUAUCUUGUGAGUAAAAAAUGUUAAAAUUUGGUGAAAUUACUUAUGUUGCACUUUUUUUUUUUCUUUGAAAUGAAAUUGAAUUUCUGAAUGAGCUGAGAUGCAUUACUGUAUGCAUUAAAGAUUAUACCUAAUGCAAAUGCUUGCCAUCUUCAAAUUCUUUGGGGUAUUCCUAGUGUUUUUAAUAUGCAAUGUUCAAAACCUGUGUUUCAGCUAGACAUGGCAGCACUUUGUUUCCAAAAGAAGGGUUUAACAAAAUGACCUUUAAUUGAGAAAGACUUGGAUUGUCUUUAUAUGAUCUUUCAAUUGGGUCAAAGUAGUCUUUUCCUUAGGUUCUGCUCCACUCACCAUGUUAGAUGUGCCCAGCACUGAAGAUCAUUGCUUCUGAUACACUGUGUGGCUAUUGCUUACCAUGAAAUUCCAACACCUGAUUUAUUUGAAAUACCUUUGGUCUGUUUGAGUAUAUGUAUUGUUGUGUGGUUAAUGUGAUUUCUUGUUGGUUAUGUUAAAGCAAUUCCUUAUUUGUGGCAGACAUUGGUUUCCUAUUGGUUUCUUACUCGGCAGCUUCACCUCUUGCAAUCAGAGAAAGACUUGUAAGAAUUGUGGGUUGCAGGCAAGGGGCAUUCCAGGGAGCUUCUCUGUUUUGCUAGUAACUCUGCUGUCAGAAACGCCUGUUGCUUGGUUUGUAGCUAAAUGGUGUGCACCUAAGGUACCUGUAUAAUGGCUGAAGCUUGAUAUUCCCGAGGGACUCAGGUUGAUGACUUAAGGAGGGGGAAGAGUUGGGGUAUUUGGGGGUUCGGCCUUUGUUACCCUCAGGCAGCCUGUCACCAAAGAGAGGUUAUCCUGAUGGGGUUUACAUCAUGUGAGAACUGGGCUGGACCUUCUUGCUUGCAGUAUUAUUAUUUGCCCAUCAUGUUUAAACACAUCUUCAGGUAACCAUUUGCCUUAUCGCUGUCUUCCAUUGUUCGGAAAAUUAUGGAUUGACUAAAACCUGUUGUUGUCUGUCAUUUACAUUAUGUAGUGUUACCUUGUAAGGUAGAUGCUUAGCUGGUACAAAUUGUCACAGCUUUGUUUGGAGCUGUGACCAUUUACACCCGCUGAGAAUUUGCGCCCUGUGUCCUAUGGCACUUUAUUAACAGACCCAUCGCUGAUGGGUUAAAUCUUAAUUACUUGCGUAAUGUCAUAUAUAUAUAUAUAUAUUUACAGGCAUUCUAUGGGGUACUGCUGCCUAUGGAUAAAGAUUUGUACCCUAACCAGGUCAUUAUAAUUUUUUUUUUCAUUAGCUAUAAGUGGAGAAGAUCUAUUAUGUUACAAAGGAUGCAUCAUAUAUAUCUCAUGUAGUGCAUAUUAUAAUGCUGUCUGUUGUUAAUUUAAGAAAUCAUUAUUCUUGAGGCCCUACCUCAGAUUUUGUAUUUAUGUGUACAAAUGCAAUUUAUUGUAUUAUAUAUUUGCCUAUGAUAUUUGAAUGUGAUAAAAUUAUUCAAGAAUGUAUGGGCUCUAAAGACUCUAAAUAAAUGUCCAGUAUUUAA